UACUCGAUAAAAUGGAUAUUGCUAAAUCAUUAUUUAACGUCCGUGAUCAUGAGGGUUAUAUUGGUAAAGAGGAUCAUACUAAAAAAUUGGAGUCUGCUAUGUCCGAAUUUGAAGUGGAAGUUUCAGGCUUCUGUGGAGAAAUUUUAUCUCCUGCUCCUGGAGGUCCAUUUUCUGCUUUGACGCCGUCCAUGUGGCCCCAAGAUAUUUUAGCUAAAUUAAAUCAACCAGAUGAUCCUAAUUCGCAACCUGAAUAUAGAUUUGAUGAAUUUGGAUUUCGUGUCGAAGAGGAAGAUGGACCAGAACAGAGUUCAAAAAAAUUACUAGGUAUUCCAUUUGUUGAGAAUCCACAGCAUAGAUUAAAGUGGGUUGCUUUAUUGGAAUUCAGUCAUAAUAAUGAAGUGACAGAAUUUUCAUGGCAGAAUUUAGAUAGAAGAUUACCUCGUACAGAUAAAUUACGUGCUAUGGUCCAUCAUGGUGUACCUCAUUCACUCAGACCUCAAAUUUGGAUGAGAAUGUCAGGUGCAUUACAAAAAAAAUGUUCUUCUGAAAUAAUGUACAAAGAUAUAGUGAAAGCAUCAAGUAACGAUGCAUUAAUGACUAAUAAGCAGAUAGAAAAGGAUCUGCUUCGUAUUAUGCCUGCCAAUGCAUGUUUUAGUCAUCUUAGUAGCACUGGCAUACCACGAUUAAGACGUGUUAUGCGUGCACUUGCUUGGUUGUAUCCUGACAUUGGGUACUGCCAGGGUACAGGAACAAUAGCAGCUUCUCUCUUACUACUUCUAGAAGAAGAAGAUGCUUUUUGGAUGAUGGCUACCAUAGUAGAAGAUUUACUACCAGCAUCCUACUAUUCCUCAACGCUGUUGGGUAUUCAAGCUGACCAAAGAGUACUUCGCACAUUAGUAUCUAAUUAUCUUCCCGACAUAGACCAUGUCUUGGUUCAACAUGACAUAGAAUUAAGUUUAAUAUCUUUGCACUGGUUUCUGACUUUAUUUGCCUCUGUCGUACAUAUGAAAAUAUUACUACGCAUAUGGGAUAUGUUUCUUUUUGAUGGAUCAAUAGUUUUAUUUCAAGUUACACUUGGAAUGUUAAAAAUAAAAGAAUCUGAACUAAGACAACUGGAGAAUUCUGCUCAAAUAUUUAAUGCUCUCUCAGACAUACCAGGAGAUAUUGAUGAUGUAGAACAGUUAUUUAUUAUAUCUUUAGAAGUAAGUGGAUCAUUGACAGAUGUUUUGGUUGAAACUCAUAGACGCAGACAUUUAGCAUAUUUAAUGGCUGAUCAGGGAGGAUUAGUGGGUAAUCCGGAUGCAGUACCAAAUUUACCAAAGCAACAUCUUAAUAGGCGUCAAAUGAAGAGAAAUAAAUCGAUGCUACAAACAUUCUUAUUUGGAAAUUACGACACUGAAGAUGAUGCAAAAUCGAAAAACAUCCGUCAAACAGAAAUAUUGGUGGAUUUAAGAGAAGCUGUUUUACAAGUUGCUAGACAUUUUAUAAAUGUUGAUCCAAAAUUGAGUAACAUUGUACUCAUUGCAGACUACAGUAUGGAGAGUCAUGCAAAGGAUCAUGAUAAUUACGUUAAUGUAUCACGUACUAGAAAGAGAAGAGCGAAAGCCUUAUUAGAUUUUGAAAGACAUGAUGAUGACGAGUUGGGUUUCCGAAAAAAUGAUAUAAUCACAAUUUUAAGUCAAAAAGAUGAACAUUGUUGGGUAGGAGAAUUAAAUGGACUGCGGGGUUGGUUCCCUGCAAAAUUUGUAGAAUUAUUAGAUGAGAGAAGUAAACAAUACACAUGUGCUGGAGAUGAUGCAGUUAGCGAGGCUGUUACUGAUUUAGUUAGGGGUACUUUAUGCCCCGCUAUAAAAGCGGUAUUGGAGCAUGGAAUGCGCAGACCUUCAUUUCUAGGUGGACCAUGUCAUCCAUGGCUUUUCAUAGAAGAAGCGUCAAAUAGAGAAGUAGAAAAAGAUUUCAAUUCCGUUUAUAGCAGAUUAGUACUUUGUAAAACGUACAGGUUGGAUGAAGAUGGUAAAGUUCUCACGCCAGAAGAAUUGUUGUAUCGAUAUGUACAAUCAGUAAAUUUAACACAUGACAAUGCGCAUGCACAAAUGGAUGUAAAAUUACGAUCGCUUAUCUGUCUAGGAUUGAAUGAGCAAGUGUUACAUUUAUGGCUUGAAGUUUUAUGUUCCUGUGUAGAAAUUGUACAAAAAUGGUAUCAGCCGUGGAGUUUUAUAAAUAGUCCUGGAUGGGUACAAAUUAAAUGUGAAUUGAGAAUAUUAAGUCAGUUUGCGUUUAAUUUAAAUCCUGAUUGGGAAUUACCACCCAAGAAAGAACAAUCGCAGCCACUAAAAGAUGGUGUCCGCGAUAUGUUAGUUAAACAUCAUUUAUUUAGUUGGGAUCUUUAGCCCAUGACAUGAAAAGUAUUCAUUGUUGUUGAUGAGAUACUUGUGUAGUACAAAGAAAUUUGCUUUUACAUACAUUAAAAAUAACUGAAUGCAUAUGGUGUGCGUGUGUAAGUGUAUGUACAUUGUCAUAAAA